GUAGAAAUUGUCGCCUUUGACAGCCCACCGACAAGCUGCCCCCGCGCCACGACAGAGUGAAUUGGAGGAAGACAACUUUUACGAGUUAUGACUAUGCCAUAGGUAAGACACUUUCAGAGAUGAUUUUUUGAAACUUUCACAGUAAUCCUAAGGAAGGAGAAAAGGGGUGGAAGGAAAACAAACAAAGUCGUCUUGACUCUUCUUGAGCCAGCCGGCUGGGCGAGUCGUCUCGUUCCACGAACCACAACUCAGUCCAAUUCCUCCCUGCAUAGCUGAUCUACAAGUCUUGAAUCUGGUUCUCUAGCUUGGGAGCCCAAAUGAGUGUCCGCUGAGUUUGGACACUGAUUGGGUUGGGCUCUUCCUGUCAUCGGCAACUGAGAGAAGAGGGGAAAUGGGUUGGAAAAGCAGAGGAUUUGAGUCGACUCAGAAAGGAACUGUUUCAAGAAGAUCAACAAUCUUGCUCUGUGUGGGAUGCUUCUGUAUUGGGAUGCUCUUCACUGACAGAAUGUGGAUGGUUCCAGAAGCUAAGGGCAUAUCAAGGCUUUCAAAUUUUGAUGAUGGCAAGAUGAAGUUGGUUUCUGAUGGCUGUGAUACUGGAACUGAUGGACAAAGUGAAUCCAGGAACAUUCUUGCUGAGGUUUCAAAGACACAAAGUGCUAUACAAAAUCUGGAUAAAACAAUAUCGAAUUUGGAGAUGGAGAUAGCUGCAGCAAGGGAUUUGCAGGACUCUAUUCUUACUGGCUCUCCCAUAUCUGAAGACCUCAAGGUCCCAGAAUUAACUAAGAGAAGAAAAUAUCUGAUGGUGAUUGGCAUAAACACGGCAUUUAGCAGCCGAAAAAGAAGAGACUCUAUUCGUGCUACCUGGAUGCCGCAAGGGGAUGAAAGAAAGAAGCUCGAGGAGGAAAAAGGCAUUAUUAUGCGUUUUGUGAUAGGACACAGUGCUACUACCGGUGGCAUUCUUGAUAGAGCAAUUGAAGCAGAGGACAAGAAGCAUGGAGAUUUCUUGAGAUUGACUGUGAAUGGAAGGCACAGGCGGGGAACAUAUGUGUGGCUUCCUUUGACUGGAGAUGCAGUGGCAUUUGCAACUCUGUUGAGAGGUUGAAGGAGGUUCAUCGCCGCUGCGGGGAAGGCAAUAACUCCCUCUGGAAUGCUGUCUUUUGAUGUCUGUUAUUCAAGCUUACUAUUGUACAAUGUCUGUCCAUUUGGUUCCAAAAAAGUGGGAAUGGUUGAUCUGGGAAUCCACUCCAUUUUAUUAAGGAAAAGAUAUCACCACAGCAGCCAGUCUACUACAGGAGCAUGUGUAAACUAGUACUAUUUCUUAAUUCUUUGGUCAACUCAACUUUUCUUUUUACAAUUUGAUUGAAAAGAUAAUGAACCUUGUAAUAAGUCUGUAAAUUGUGGGAAUUCGUUUCCUUCUUUCACCUUUUUGACAUUCCUCGUGAUACAGUGUAUUGAACAAUUGGUUCUGAAGUAUGUAGCUGAAGUAUUU